AUGACCCCCUUCACCCCCGCCAACGUCAGCAACCCCGCGCUCGGCCUGAGCGGCUUCCCAGGGCUGGAGAUGGUUCACCACUGGAUCGGCAUCCCCAUCUUUUCCGCCUACCUGGUGGCAGCACUGGGCAACUGCACCAUCCUGUACGUCAUCUGGACGGAGCCCAGCCUGCACCAGCCCAUGUACUAUUUCCUGGCCAUGCUGGCCACCACCGACCUGGGACUCUGCCUCACCACCGUGCCCACCGUCAUGGGAGUCCUCUGGUUCCAGCUGAGGAAGAUCAGCAAACACGCCUGCAUCGCUCAGCUCUUUAUUGUUCAUUCCUUCUCCUUCAUGGAGUCCGCCGUGCUCUUUGCCAUGGCGAUAGACCGCUUCCUGGCCAUCUGCUUCCCUCUGAGGUACGCUGCUCUCGUGACCCCCACCAGGGUGGCUACGAUGGGUCUUGUUCUCCUGUUGAGAAGCACCCUGUUCUUGCUGCCUCCUGUGCCUUUUAUGUUGCGGUUCCCGUAUUGCCCAAGGGCUGUCCUUUCUCACUCCUACUGUCUCCAUCAGGACCUGAUCCGCCUGGCAUGCGCCAACACAGCCUUCAACAGCCUUUACGCUCUCACCCUCAUCCUCCUCACCAUGGGCUCUGACCUCCUCUUCAUCCUCCUCUCAUACAGCCUGAUCCUGAAGGCAGUCCUGGGCAUGACCUCUGGGGACGAAGGCCACCGCAAGGCCCUGGGCACCUGCGUCUCCCACAUCUGUGCUGUCCUGGUCUUCUACGUUCCGGUGCUCGGGCUCUCUGUUGUGCACCGGUUUGGCCGGCAUGCCUCUCCCCUCCUCCACGUCGUCAUGGGCAACAUCUACAUCCUCCUCCCACCCCUGAUGAACCCCGUCAUCUACAGCAUCAAAACCAAGCAGAUCUACACCAGGAUCCUCAGAAUACUUCUGCAGAGGAAGGCCAUGGCC